UUCGGACUGGAGAAAGCUAGGACAUGCGGAGUCAACCAGCUACCUGGCUGAGGAUCGUUCCUUUCAGUUUUGACCACUCCUCUGCUCGAUACCUUCAGUUCUGCGUUCAGCGGGGCGGGUGGCAGAAAUAUCAGUGUUCGUUGAUUUUUUUCAUGUCUCUUUUACUCCAUAGCGUUUGAAGUCAGCUUUUACUAAGCGCCCGCCGGUGACUGUUUGCCAGGCCUUCUUCCAGAGGAAGAAGACCUGGAUACUCCUCCAUUGCUAUUUUAUCCACUUGGGUUCUGUUAUAAUCGCAGAAUCCUGCGUUCUGAAUUCCCAUUUUCUGCCUAACUCCAUUGAUUUAUUUGCUCACUUACUCGACAGUCGUUAAUUGAACGGUGUCCUAGGCCCUACUUUUCAGGCUGAAUAAGUUGCAGACCCUGUCCUCGAGUUCACAGUCUAAUAACAAGUGCAGGGUUCUUUUUCUGCUGCAUCUGAAAGCAUGGGUAGCAAGAAGCUCAGAAGAGUGGGCUUAUCACAAGAGCUGUGUGACCGUCUGAACAGACAUCAAAUUGUAACCUGUCAGGACUUUUUAUGUCUUUCCCCACUGGAACUUAUGAAGAUGACUGGCCUUAGUUAUCGAGGUGUCCAUGAACUUCUGUGUAUGGUCAGUAGAGCCUGUGCCCCACAGAUGCAAACGGCUUAUGGGUUAAAGAUGCAAACAUCUGCCUCUGUCUCAUCAGUGUUCUUAGCUACAACUCUUUCUGCGUUGGAUGAAGCCCUGCAUGGUGGAGUGGCUUGUGGAUCCCUCACAGAGAUUACAGGCCCACCAGGUUGUGGAAAAACUCAGUUUUGUAUGAUGAUGAGCAUAUUGGCCACAUUACCCACCAACAUGGGAGGAUUAGAAGGAGGUGUUGUAUACAUCGACACAGAGUCAGCAUUUAGUGCUGAAAGACUGGUUGAGAUAGCAGAAUCUCGUUUUCCCAGAUAUUUUAACACUGAAGAAAAAUUACUUUUGACAAGCAGUAAGGUUCAUCUUUAUCGGGAACUCAGCUGCGAUGAAGUUCUACAAAGAAUUGAAUCUUUGGAAGAAGAAAUUAUUUCAAAGAGAGUUAAACUUGUAAUUAUUGACUCUGUUGCUUCCGUGGUAAGAAAGGAGUUUGAUGCACAACUUCAGGGCAACAUGAGAGAAAGAAAUAAGUUCUUGGCCAGAGAAGCUGCCACCUUGAAGUAUUUGGCUGAGGAAUUUUCAAUCCCGGUUAUCUUGACGAAUCAAAUUACAACGCAUCUAAGUGGAGCCCUAGCUUCCCAGGCAGACCUGGUGUCUCCAGCUGAUGAUUUGUCCCUGUCUGAAGGCCCUUCUGGAUCCAGCUGUGUGACAGCUGCCCUAGGAAACACCUGGAGUCACAGUGUGAACACCCGGCUGAUUUUCCAGUACCUUGGUUCAGAGAGAAGACAGAUUCUCAUUGCCAAGUCCCCUCUGGCUCCCUUCACCUCAUUUGCUUAUACCAUCCAGAAGGAAGGCCUGGUUCUUCAAGGGAGAACUUACCGAGGCAGCAUGCACCCCAACCAAUGAGAACGGCACCGCUCUGGGAACUAGUUCCCUGGGAACUACUUAGCAUCAAGCUGCCGUAGCUUUGAACUGUGUCUCUGAGGUGCCUUCAUUAGCAAGAUGUGUCCUAAGGUAUGAGAAAAGCCUAAGAGAAGGAUUUUGGGGUCUGAGAACACUCGAAAAUGUUUCCAUGGACAUUAAAGGUAAUUGCCUCUUUACACCAAAUUUUUAGCCUGCAAAAGAUUUCAUAGGAACACUCUACUUUUGGAUAGUGGGGGUAGCC